AUGGCAGACAAUGAGAAGAGUGGUCUUUCUGUGGGGAGUAAUGCAGCGGACAUAGGUUCCAAGAAAAAGGGCACAGAAGAACUGCCUGAUGAUAUAAAAUAUGCAUUAGAGAUGAUUCAGCAGAUGGAGGUUUCCAAAAAAGAGAAUUCUAGCAUAGAAGAGUACAAGAACUCACUUUUAUCAAGUGAGCUAUUAUCCAAGCAGACAUUUGAAGAGUUGGCUAUACCUGAAGACAUAAUAGCUGCCCUUCGGUCAAUGGAGUUCAAAAACCCCAGUACAAUACAGCAAAAGUCAAUCCCUGAGAUAGCAAAGGGCGGGGAUGUGGCGUUUCAGAGCCACAGUGGUUCUGGAAAGACUAUUGCAUUCUUAGUUGGUGCACUGUCUGCUCUUGAUAAAAGUGUAAAGUCACCGCAGAUAGUUAUUAUAACGCCAACAAGAGACUUAAGCAAGCAGAUAUCUUCUAUUCUGGAAAAGUUCUCAAAGUCAAUCGAAUUUACUAUGUUACAGGCACUGCCUGAUGUUGUAGAGAAAAUGGAUGUAUCAAGGAUAUCUGAGCAGAUAUUGAUAGGUGCGCCUGGAACAAUUAAGAAAAUAGUCACCGGGCUGUCUAAUAAUAGCACAAUUAAAAUGGUUAUAUUAGAUGAAGCAGAUGCUUUAUUAGAUGCCGAUAUGGGUGGGCAGACAGUGUCUGUGGUAAAAAAGAUAAAGAACAAGCAAUUGGUUUUAUUCAGUGCCACAUUCAGUGUAAAGAUGAAGGAAGUGAUUGCAAUGCUCUCUAAGAGCAUCAAAACCUGGUAUUUAGAAGAGACAAACAUUAAACCAGACAACAUAACACAGUUUUACAUGGAAAUGAGCGAGAACCAGAAAACAAAAACUCUUCUUAAACUAUACGAAAUGAUGUCUAUAGGACAGUCAAUAGUUUUUGUGCACACAAGAAACAAGGCAGAAUUAGUGCAGCAAAAUCUGAAAAAGGACGGAUUUGAUGCCGAUGUACUGCAUGGGCAGUUAUUAAAGAGCCAGAGAGACCAGGUGAUUUCUGAUUUUAAGAGUGGUAAAACAAAAGCACUUGUCACUACAAAUGUACUGAGCAGAGGACUAGACGUGCCCCAGCUUAACCUAGCAGUCAAUUACGACAUACCAAGAAAACAGUCUGGAGCAGUGGACAUUGAGACAUACGUUCACAGAAUUGGUCGUACAGGCAGGUUUAAUAGAGCAGGUGUAUCUAUCACUUUCUCAACAGGCGAGUCAGACAAAAUGGACCUCUUAUCAAUACAGCGAGCAAUUGGUUCACAAAUCAAGUACACCACACUAGAAGCACUCUCCCAAGCCAUACAAGAAAAUCAAAAAUCAGAUGACGAGUCCGAUGAUUAGGCAGAGUCAUCACUACAGCAGGCAAAUGCAAUAUUUAAAAAUAAAGCUACCAGAAAUAAUCUGAAAUUCCCU